AUGGCGGAAGCUGCACAGCGCGUGCUCAUGAAUGAGUUCAAGGCUCUGAGCAAGGAGGAAUGGACCAACAUCGAGCUCAUCAAAGACAACGUCUUCGAGUGGAGCGUAGCCCUCAUCGUACUGAACCCGGACUCCCUCUACUACGGCGGCUACUUCAAGGCCAAGAUGGCCUUUCCUCGCAACUACCCGCAUAGUCCACCAGACUUCAAGUUCAUCCGCCCACUUUACCACCCCAACAUCUACCCCGACGGCCGCCUCUGCAUCUCCAUCCUACACCCACCCGGCGACGACGAGAUGUCGGGCGAAACCGCCGCCGAGCGCUGGUCGCCCGUGCAGCGCGUCGAAUCCGUCCUGAUCUCCAUAAUGUCGCUCCUCGACGACGCCGAGACGGCCUCCCCCGCCAACGUCGACGCAGGCGUCAUGCUGCGCAACAAGCCGGAGCAGUACAAGGAGCUCGUGCGCAAAGACAUGGAGGCCUCGAAGCAGGAUAUCCCCAGCGACUACGUUAUGCCUACGCACGAGACGGCGUGGAGGAAAAAGAAGGAGGACGAGGGCGACUUUGAAAUGAGCUGGGAAGAUAGCGAUGUUGAGAGCUUUGGUGGUAGCGAGAGCGACCUUGAUAGCGAGGAUCAGGAGAUGGACUCGGACUUUGAGGGCGACGACGAUGUCGAGGAUGAGGAUGAGGAGGAUAAGUGA